AUGAGGAUUGUCCUUGGUAGAUAUAUUGCCAAGAGGAUAUUUCCAGCAAGUUAUCAGGUUAAGACCUUUGUCAACGAACACACCUGCAGUAGGGACAAUCACUGCAAGUCAGUAGACGGUAAAUGGGUGAUUGAUGAGCUAGAAGAAAGAAUAAGACUUCAACCAAACUUGAGUGUGAGAGAGGCUGACCAGUUCUUCAGAGCUGAGUAUGAUGUACUCAUCAACGAGAGAAAGAUUUAUAGAUCUAUGAAGAAGGCAAAGGAGAGGAUUGAGGGAUCUAAGAUUGCACAGUAUGCAAUUCUUCGUGACUAUGCUAAUGAGAUUCUGAAGACUAAUCCUGGCUCUACAGUUAGUAUUCACACAAAUCCCAUGCCUGAUUCAAAUCCCCUUUUUCUGAGGAUCUAUGUAUGUUUUGAUGCAUGCAAGAAGGGAUUUGUAGGUGGUUGUAGACCAUUCAUAGGGUUGGAUGGCACAUUUCUUAGAGGGUAUUAUGGGGGUCAGCUAUUAACAGCUAUAGGGCAGGAUGCAAAUAACCACAUUUAUCCCAUUGCAUAUGCAAUUGUUGAAUCAGAAAACAAGAAAAGUUGGAAGUGGUUUUUAGAUAUCCUUCAGGAUGAUAUGGGAGUUUUUCAGGCAAACGGGUUUAACUUCAUGUCGGACAUGCAGAAGCUGAAGAAGUGUAUGUGGUCAUGUGCUAAGGCCACUAUGACACAGGACUUCAAUGCUGCAAUGGAUAGGCUAAAAAAGAUCAAUGUAGGGGCUUGGGAAUACUUGGACAAGAUUAGUCUGAAACAGUGGAGCAGAGCAUAUUUUAGUGAGUACCCUAAGAUGGACAACUACACCAAUAAUAACUGCGAGGUGUUUAAUGCCAAGGUCAAGAAGAUGAGGGGGAAACUGAUUAUAACCAUGUUGGAAGAAGUGAGGUGCUACGUAAUACGGAUCAUGGCAAGGAACAAAAAGUCUUUAGUUAGGCAUAGUAGAAGACACGCAUGUGCUGCUUUAGCUUACCAAAAUAGAAGACCCGAAGAGUAUGCACAUAACUGGCUCACGAUGGGUGCUUAUAAUGCUGCAUAUCAGACUUCAAUGCGCCCAGUUCCAAGCCAAGAGUUCUGGGAGCACCUUGACACCCUACCAAUUCUGCCACCUCGGUACAAAAAGCUAAUUAGAAGACCUUCAACCAAGAGAGACAAAAGAAAUUAUGCCCCCAAGGAUAAGAGUGAUCCUCAUAGAACUAACAGGAGGAUUGGAACCAUCGUAUGCAAAUACUGCCUCCAGGCUGGUCACAACAAGCGAAGCUGUAAGAAGAGAAAGGAAGCAGUGGGUGAAGGGAGUGCUGCACCCCAAUUCCCUGCAAGUGAUGAGGAUGAAGAUAUGCUGGCUGAAAUGUACUAUGAGGAGACAUUAGAAGCUGCCGAGGCUGAAGUAGUAGCAACUAAAGUGGGAAACGGUUCCACAGCAGCCCAGACUGCACAGCCUCCACCCCCGAUGUCACCACCAGCAACUACACAACCCCAUACUACAACAACCACUGGACCAGCCAAGAAAGAACCUAAAAGGAGAAGUGUCAAGUGA